AGAGAAGCAGGUGGGGGUGGGGGGGGUGGCUGCAGACAAAAUGGCCUCAUCAACACCCAUAGGCUGGGGGCGGAGCCUCGGGAGGCGCUGAUGUACUCGGCUCCACAGUAUCAAGGUCACGUGGUGGUGAAUGCCCCCCCUCAGCAGGAGCACAGCGGGGGUCCUCCUCAGCUCCUGAACCCCAGCGCUCUCCUCCCCCACCAGGCGGCGUCGGACCCCCGCCUCAGGCCGGCCCCCGGCCUCCUCCUGUGCCCAGAGAGCGUCCUGCGGGCGUGGGGAGAGGCUGGGGGAGGUGACUGCUGCGAGACCACCUUCAUCGAGGGGCUCGGUCCUGAGGCCGCUGCCGCCGCCGCUGCCGCCGCCACCGCUGCCUCCAGGAAGGAGACGCUGCUGUUUGCUGACGGGAAGUUUCUGGACUUUUCUGGAGAGGACGCAAAGAUUCACACGCUGUCGUACGACAUCGACGACGACGACGAGUUCCAGGAGCUCGAGAGUGAUUACUCCAGUGACUCAGAGAGCGAGGACACCUUCCUGUUGAUGCCUCCCAGAGAUCACCUGGGCCUCAGUGUCUUUUCCAUGCUCUGUUGCUUCUGGCCGCUCGGCAUCGCAGCUUUCUACCUGUCGCACGAGACCAAUAAGGCAGUGUCUAAAGGAGACUUCCACCUGGCCAGCUCCAGCUCGAGGCGGGCUCUCUUCCUGGCUGUGCUGUCAAUCACCAUCGGGACAGGUAUCUACGUGGGCGUGGCUGUGGCGCUCAUCGCCUACCUCUCCAAGAACCACCACUGGUAGGGAAGGAGAUUACCCAUUAGCCCCUAAUCUCCACCUGGAGUCCGGCCCUCGUCAGGUGAGCGUUUCCUCGGCAGGUCGGCCCACGGUGAGGAGGUGCAGGAGGACAAGACGUCCCCCCCUCCUUCUCUGUGGAUGGGUGACUGGAGCGCUGAAGGACUCCUACCUGAAACCUUUAAACCAAUCAGAUCGCAGGAUCUCUGUGAGGAACAGUGGGAGGUUAGGAAAGAAAAGAUGGAGUCCGUUUGUUUUAAAGAACAUUGCUGUGUUUUUUCUCAUUAUUAUUUCCCUCCUUUCUGUUUUUAAUAAAGUGACAAUUAAAAAUGAAAGAUUUUAAAUUGUAGAUUUGAACUUUUAACGUUGAUUUUCACUUCAAUUCAUUUUGUUUGAAUUUUUAUUUUCUCAUUUUAAAGCUGCAACAGUUUCAGUGAUCAGACACAAUAUUAAAACAGGAAACUGGUUACAAUGAAUUAAUUAACUGAUUGAAAGAAAAUGAAUCUACAACUAAUUUA